GAUAACAUAAACGUAACCGAACGCAGCCAGUGCCUGGUCACAUGCUUGUCAGGCUGGAUCAGCUAGUGUCACUUCUGCUUUUGAUGCUCUUGUUCCUUCACGGAGCGGUAGCGUUUCAUAAGAGAGAAUCAUUUCGUUAUUUCAGUCUCAUUGGUGUCAGAUUUUAACUUCGGGCCAAGUAUAUCUUGGUAAUCUUGCAGGUUCGGCCGCCGGAGUUGCUGUUGGAGUGAAUGAUGAACGGACACGCCAUUCUUUACACGGGGGUCACAUUGGCCUUCUGGAGUACCAUAACUAUCAUCGGAAUCUGCUAUACCAUAUUUGACCUUGGGUUCCGCUUUGAUGUGGCAUGGUUCCUGUUAGAGACUUCUCCCUUCAUGUGGGCCCUUCUGGGCGUUGGCUUGGCCAUAUCUCUGUCUGUGGUGGGAGCUGCCUGGGGAAUCUACAUCACUGGCUCAAGCAUUAUUGGUGGUGGUGUCAAAGCUCCACGUAUCAAAACCAAGAAUUUGGUCAGUAUCAUCUUUUGUGAAGCUGUGGCAAUCUAUGGGAUCAUCAUGGCCAUUGUCAUCAGCAACAUGGCUGAGAGGUUCACUGGAACCACGCCUGAGACCAUCGGGGCAAGGAACUACCAAGCUGGUUACUCCAUGUUUGGAGCCGGUCUGACUGUGGGUUUUUCCAACCUCUUCUGUGGCAUCUGUGUCGGCAUCGUGGGCAGUGGAGCAGCUCUGGCUGACGCCCAGAACGCCAGCCUUUUUGUGAAGAUCCUCAUUGUGGAAAUCUUUGGCAGUGCUAUUGGCUUGUUUGGUGUCAUUGUAGCUAUUCUGCAGACAUCAAAAGUAAAGAUGGGUAACUAGAAGAGGCAUUCACAUGCCAAGAAGAUACACUGCUGGAAAAAUAAGAUGGAUUAUUGUGUAUAUACAUCGUAAAUUAUUUAAAUGUCUAUUUGGCUGGUAUUAUUUUUAAGCACCAUUCAUACAAGAGUGGUACCUGCACGUUAAACCCAUUUGUCACAUUACAUGACUAAUGAGUGAGAAAAUGGGGAGAACAAAAAAUGAUGCCACUACAUUUCUUGUGGCAGUUUGAUAUAAAUGAGUGAACUCUGUAUGUCUCCCAGUUGUUUAGCUUGAUGACUAGUACAAAGAAAUGUAGACGAUGUGAAGGAUUUAGAGUGAAGUCGUAUUUCCUGUCAUCAGCUUUCACUCAGAAUUGUGGUAUUUAAGUGACUUUUUUUGACCACUCUUGGAUGAAUGAUGAGUUUUUUGAUAUUUUGGUGUGUGUGUGUGUGUGUGUGUAUGUUUAUGCUGGACAUGAUCCCCCCACCCCCCCAAGCAUGAUGGUGUUUACCAUUGUGUUUGCCUGGUCUACCUGAGUUUUUGUUUUUCUAACUGUACUGACCCAAAUACAGUAUUUUUUCAGGCUUCAUUACUGUAAAAUUGACAAGAGAAUCUGAGGUUUGAGUACUCAUCUUGAAUUGAUAAGGUCACAGGACAGUUGGACAAGAUUUUUGACAAGUCAAAUAGUCAGAUUAUAGCAGACCUGCUCAAAAUACAUCAUUGUGUCAUUCAUUUUCUUAGUUCCAAAAAACACGAUGGCACUAAGAAGUCUACGAUUAAAACCCAUAACACUGGCUUUAAGAAAACCUUGUGUAAGGUCAUGUAUGAAAGUCAGAACUAUUAUCUUCCCAUUCUCCAGGCAUUGUUCUUUGACAUAAAAAGGGAUUUUAUUUUAGAGAGCAGCUCAGUUAUUAAUAUCCAGUGUUGUAAUUAAUAUUUGCUUUAGCAUCACCUUUAUUGAGCUAGAGGUCUUUAGGGAAAAUAAUUUUGUAUAGACUGGUCUUCAGACUUCAAUUUUAUGGUGGUCUGCUACUCAGAGCUGCAGACUCAUUACAUAAACAGAUUUGGAUUAUUAAAUACCCUUAUUUUGCACAGACGUCUCAGUUUGGAAUGUACACGUUAGCAGACAUUUGGUAAUGUUCUAUAAAAUGUUAACUGUUCAUGUCUGUUUCCCCAGAUUAUUUCUGAACAUUCCACCAUGUUUCGUUCAUGUCUUGUUUGGGUAGUCUUCAGUUUGAAUGGCAGACAAAAUUAGACUCGUGCUACAUCACAACAAAGCCAUCAUUAAAACUUUAUCAUAGUUUGAAUGGCUGUUCUUGUCAGCUGGUAGCAGUACAGUGUUUCAGCUGUAUCCUGUUGAUUUUAAUAUAGAAAUCUGGGUAAGCAGAUUCUUUGAGUCUUCUGAACUGUUGGCUGUUAGCUGGGCAGCAAGUGAGAAAUGAUGCAGGGCUGGGUCUAAUGUUUGAUGGUGAUGUGGAUGGAAACGCAUUUAUCCUUGAUUGAUCAUUCCGCAGAGAUUGCAGACCAUGACUGAUUAUGAGUGGCCUCACAUCCUUUGUAAAAUUUCCUCAUUCCUUCUUGUGAAGUUCUGAAAGAAUAUAAACUUAUGUGGGGUGGCUGAAUAUCAUACAUCUAGAACUGGCUUCCCAGAGGUAUCUAAGCAGCAAGAUCAUCUUUGCCUUUCUAAUUAUUUUAUAACUCCUACUAGGACAACGUCUAGGAUACCUUUGGUGAACCGGGUACUGUACCCCAGGGUUUCAGUGACUGUGUUUGACACUGUGCAUUAUGUUGAUGUAGUGAUCAGAAAAUGUUUUUCCUUUGUGUAUAAUAAUAAACAGGCCUUCCUCCUGGAUUCCUAAAUGUUCUUGAGAAAAUAAAAUUGUCCAAUCACCA